UCGUAGGUGGCCACCUUGCGAGCUGAACUUGUUGUUUUAGCGUGUGUUUGAGCGCGAAAGUUGCGGAGCGUUUCGUAGGGGAAGAGUCACAUCGUUUCGAGGUAUGGACGAGUAGGAUUUUUCGGAAAAUUUCUCGUAAUGUGUUAAUAUUCGUGGAAUAAAUUGAGCGGAAAUAUACGUUGAUCGAGAAAAUUACUUUUGAAUUUGUGAAAGCCGUUAACCAGUUACCCCGGUAAAUAAUUGCGUCCAAUUAUACCGAUACGCGUAAUAAAGUCAGUUCAAAGAAGUCGAAAAAUGGCCGAGAAAAGCGCUGAUUUAGAGGAGGAUAAUUCUGUAACGAUGCUUGAUGUCCUUCAAGAGGAAAAUCAACUCGAGGAAGACGCCUACGCCGUGCUGGGUGCUUCCGAUGAUAAAAACUGCACCUACAACAAGGGCUACAUUCGGCAGGCACUUUAUGCCUGUAAGACCUGCCGCGGUGACGGACAUCCGGCCGGAGUGUGUCUGGCCUGUAGUUUUCAGUGCCACGAAGGUCACGAGCUGGUUGAGCUUUAUACCAAGCGCCACUUUCGCUGCGAUUGUGGAAAUUCGAAGUUUGGCGACAAAAAGUGUAGCUUGGAACAGACCAAGCGAGACACUAACGAAGAAAAUCAAUACAACCAAAACUUUGAUGGUGUUUAUUGCACCUGUGCCAGACCUUAUCCAGACCCUGAGGAUACUAGCGGAGAUGAAAUGCUCCAGUGUGUUGUCUGCGAGGAUUGGUACCACUCCAAGCACCUUGGAUGUGGAGACAUUUCCCCUCCGGAUGAUUAUGACGAAUUGAUUUGCUCCGGUUGUAUGCAGAAAAACAUGUUCCUUUGGAAAUAUGCGUCAAAAUACUCAGUGAAUAGGGAUGCCAAGAAGGAGCCAUCCAGUGGGAAGGACGAAACUGUAGAUGUUGAAAACAUUCCAGCAGGUUGUAAGAUGCCUAUAGAACUGCAAUCGCCUUCAACGAGUGCCUGUUUUUGGGCAGAAGGUUGGAGAUCAUCUUUGUGUACUUGCGACAGUUGCAAAAAGAUGUAUGAAGAAAGCGGUAUCGCAUUCUUGCUUGAUCCGAUGGACAGUGUCCAGGUUUACGAAGAGGCUGGAAAAGCUAGCCAAACUGAAUCCCAGUAUGAAAAAGGAAUGAAGGCACUCGCUUCGCUUGGUCAUGUUCAGCAAUUAACUGCCAUUGAGGAAUACAACAACAUGAAGGAAAGACUCAAAGAAUACCUUCAAAAGUUUGCCGAGAAUAAGAAGAUCGUACGCGAGGAGGAUAUCAAAGAAUUCUUUUCUGGGAUGGAGGCAAACAAACGUCAGAAGCUCUCAAAAUCCCGCUGGAAUCGCAAAACAGGCGACGAAUGAACAGAGAUCACUACAAAAGUAGUUCUUGAACAGAAAUAUCAUCACGUAAUUAUUGAAGCCAUCGAAAAAACAAGAAUGAAAUAUUACUACUCAUGUCUAAAAUUAUUGUCGUUAUUUUCCUAAUCGUAUAGCAAAGUCAGUCGUUACAUACAGCAAUAAAUAACAACGAAUCUU